AUGAAGACCAGCAGCGGCAGGAAUCCAGCCAAAGGCAAGCUAGACACAUUGUUUCCACUUGUUUUCUAUGUUUCAUUGACCGAAUGUAACCAGAAAAUGGUAACGGGGGCCCCUGACAUUAUUGACUUUGGCGUUCAAGACCAUGUUCUCCGCCUGAAAAUGAGCAAUCUCCAUAUCUUUGAGGUCUAUGAUCUCGACAUUCUCCUCCCGCUCCUACUUCUUGGCUUUGCCAGGCUGUUUGAUUAA